AUGGCUAGAAAGAAGCUUCGCCAUACAUACAUAAACAACCCCCUAAAGAGGAAAACAACGUUCAAGAAAAGAAAAAAUGGUUUUCUCAAGAAGGUUGAUGAAAUCACUACCCUUUCUGACAUUCGAGCAUGUGCUAUCAUUUAUACUCUGGAUGAACCUGAGCCUAAGGUUUGGCCAUCUAACCAGGGACUAGAAAGUGUGAUUUCCAGGUUUAGGGGAGUUUCUGAAUUGGCACAAAGCAAGAGAAUGUUGUGUCAAGAGAACCUUUUGAAAAGAAACAUAAUGAAAGCUCAGGGAAAAUUGAUGAAUGAAAUCAAGAAGAAGGAGAUUGGCCUUUUCAUGUGUCAAUACUUUGCUAGUUGGAACAACCUUGACAAUGCAAACAUUAUUGAUCAGAAUGAUAUCACAUUGUUGGCUAAUAAAAAAUUGGAGAUUACAAAGAAAAAUGAAAUUCUCCAAGUCCAAGAGGUGACACCAGCUAUUGAAAAUGGAGGAGAAACCAUGACUGAAGGAGAGCAAACACUUGUGGCCAAUGUGGAUGCCAUGCCAAAUCUGAAUUGGUCUAAUGACAACAUCGAUGAUGGUGAUGGGGAUGGGAUCGAUGUGAAGAUUGGAAGAUGUUAA